UUCGCAGGCGCUCGCACUCGGCGGCAGGCGGGCGCGCGGCUGCAGCUGGAGCUCGGGUGCCCGGAGUUGGAGUUGCCUGGAGUCCCCUCCCUCCGUACCCCGCAUCUUUCCUUCGGCCCGCGCUGCGGGGCGGCCAGCUAGCACCCACCCGGGCUCGGCUGGAGCAAGUCCGGAGCCCGGCGUGGGGCAGCCCCCGGGGAGGAGCCUCUCUAGCUGGGACGCGUGCGGCGCACUGGCACUGCCCGGGCCAGAACCGCGUUACGAGAAAGCUCACUUAGUGUCCUGCUCACUUCUUCUACAAUGAGUGCCAAAUCUGCCAUCAGCAAGGAAAUCUUUGCACCCCUUGAUGAAAGGAUGCUGGGGGCUGUCCAAGUCAAAAGAAGGACCAAGAAAAAGAUUCCUUUUUUGGCAACUGGGGGUCAAGGCGAAUAUUUGACUUACAUCUGCUUGUCAGUGACAAACAAGAAGCCAACACAGGCAUCCAUCACGAAGGUCAAACAGUUUGAAGGCUCCACGUCAUUUGUACGGAGAUCACAGUGGAUGCUGGAGCAGCUUCGCCAGGUCAAUGGCAUUGAUCCCAAUCGGGAUUCUGCAGAGUUUGAUUUGUUGUUUGAAAAUGCCUUUGACCAAUGGGUAGCCAGCACAGCCUCAGAAAAAUGCACCUUCUUCCAGAUCCUCCAUCAUACCUGCCAGAGGUACCUCACAGACCGAAAGCCAGAGUUUAUUAACUGCCAAUCCAAGAUCAUGGGAGGAAACAGCAUCCUGCAUUCUGCAGCCGACAGCGUGACCAGUGCUGUCCAGAAAGCCAGUCAGGCUUUGAAUGAGCGUGGUGAGCGAUUAGGCCGAGCUGAGGAGAAAACAGAAGACAUGAAGAACAGUGCUCAGCAGUUUGCAGAAACUGCACACAAGCUUGCCAUGAAGCACAAAUGUUGAGAAACUGCCCAUCCUGGUGACCCUGGUGAACCUCUUAGAAGAAGUGGAAGAAUUUGUGCAGCAGUUUUUACAAGACUCCCAGACCUCCUUUUGCUUUUCUUCUAGUAUACGGACAUUUAUGUUUUCUUGAUUUCCCUUUAUUUGUUGUUAAUAUGAAAAAAAAAGUUGUGUUUAUAUAUUUUCCUGAUGAUCUGCUAACAAAUGCUACAAAAGCAUCAACUUCAUUUUGUUUUUUUUCCACACUGUAUGUAUAUGUUUAUAUAAUUUUUUUCCUUUUUUCCCACCUUUGUUUAAAUAUGAAGUUUGUACCAAACAAUAUACUGAGUUGAAUCCAGUCUGGCAACCUAAGUUUUUGUCUUGAUAUUAAGCAGGAAGACAUGUUAAUGUGGUGACAUCAGAUACUUUUGUUACUAGGUGGAAAUAAAAUCAAACAGUGAUUGUUUUCUGUGGCCUAGCUAAUCUUAAUUUGAAAGUUAAAA